AUGGCUUUUGAACGAAGAAUUUGCUCAUUAGGAAAGACGCCGAUUCCAUCAUCCGACAAGGGAUCAGUUCAGAUUGUGUUAGCUACGCUGGAUCAAUAUGGCCAGGUGACAGGGGAGACAACCAUUUACGACAUAAGCGGGGCGGUUAGAAGGUCUGGGAUGGGAGAUAAUCUUCUCCUUGAAAAGAUAAGAACUGAGGAAUAUGGAGCUUGA